CGACCCUCGAAUAUCGAAAAAAAUCCACCACUAACCAAGCUGACCAUCGCUAGUUCCCACGGAAUUACAAAAAAAGUGUAAUUUACUAUUUACAAUGUCGGCGGGUGUACAGGAGCGCUUGCAACUGAGCCGCAUACCCCUGGAUACUUGGUCCAAACGGGAGCAGCUCUGCUUGGCGUCGGCCGUCUCCUGUAGCGGCGACCAGAACUGGAUUACAGUCAGCCGCACGCUAAAAUCGGUUUGCGGCAAUGGAAAUGGAAACGGCAGCAACAACAACGGCCGACCGGCGGAUUGGUAUUCCCAGAAGAACUGUGCCUUGCAGUACGGUCAUCUGCUGGAAAGCGUGGAGGCCACAAAGCGAAAAAAGCGAAGCAGCGAGAGCAGUGCCGGCGUCUCCUCACCGGCCACCGUGGAGACGCCCACAGAGUUAUUGCUGCGACGCCUGACGGAGGAGCGGAUGGCGGAGAUUAAAGCACAAAUGCGCGCCGACCAGGAAACCUACAGGCGUAUUCAACGCGAAAUCGAUUCUCUGCAGUCUGACGCAGUCACCGAGCAGGAACUGCAGGACAUGUGGAUGGAGAUCGAAAAGGAGCAGGAAGCCGAACGCAUUGAGGAGAUGAAGCUGGAGAACCGGCUGCGAGAGCGAGAGCAGCGCAAGAAGGAAAUGGCGGGAAACUGGCGGAACAGUAGUCCGGCGGCCAGGCGGUCGCUGCAACCAACGGACACCACCUCCGUGGACAUGGACGUGGAAGACAUCGCCAGCAGCACAGCGAAACAACAAUCUGGUCCGUCACCUUUACUCACAUCUCUACUGAAGUCACCCACGGGCAAUGCUCCAGCCAUUCCUGGCACUGGAACAGCGGGUGGUGCAGCAAUCGCUGGAACAGGAAGCGUGGCCAGGGCAACCGCUCCCACCAUCACUUCGCUAUUAACCAGUGGAGCUGGAUCGGCGGCUGUGGCCAAUCAGCCCGUCAUCACCAUGAAGAGUCCGACAGAUGCGGCGUUUAUAUCCAGGCCCAUUACUGGCCCAGCCAGCGAAGCACUUGCUCCAACCACACCCACCCUGGAAAAGAGCCCCUCGCAGGCGGCACCAACUCUGUCAAUGCUUCUCGAGAAAAAUAAGGCAGCUGCCAAGGCCGGUGAGGGUAAAUCCGAAGCUACGGGUAACUUGGAGCAGUCGUUGCCGCAGGAAGCCUCGGAAGCCGCAGUGAGCGCCGACUCCGAUGAAGCCGAUCCCAACGAGCUGUUAGAGGUCUUCCCGAACAUAGACGAAAUCAUCGACGACAUCGACAUCGAUAUGGCCAGCGUGAUCGAUGAUGAGAUUCUCAAGGAGGUUGAAGGGGUGGUGGUGUCUCCGGCGGGCGACAAAAGCGAAAACAUUGACUUCGAGGACAAGUUGGAUGCGCUGAAACGGGAACAGAGCACGGACGUGCCAACCGGCGUAGCGCCGAAGUCUGUGGAACUAGUCGUUGGUUCUAGCGAUGACUCCAAUGACAAUAUUCCACUCGCCACUGUGGCCUCGCAGGAGGGAAAGGAUCGUUCUCAGUCUGGCGGAGAAUCCACUGUCCUCCCAGUCGACAUCGAAGCUGAAAACCUUGUAAGUGAGGUGGCGGUGGAAGAGAUUGGGGAGACCAUUACGCUCAUCAGCACUUCGAGUGAAGACACGGCCGGCUCUCCCAUAACCAAAGUGGAGGAGGAGCCUGUCACUGAACCUGUUCCGAAGCAGGACAAUAAGGAAGACGAAAAAGAGCAGGAAGCUGUGCCAGAAAAGUCAUCCGAGGCGUCAGAAUCUGCAAAAGAGCCAGAACUCAAAGAGGAACCCGCCUCCGGCGAACCAGAAAGCAAAGCAAGCAAAGAGGAGCCCGAAAAAACUCAAAAAGUGGAGGAGAAAAUAGCCACUCCCGCCGCAGCUCCAGCGCCAGCUUCAUUGCAUGACACGGAUGAGGAGUCCUCCUCGCUAACGGACGGCAGUAAACAAGAUGAUCAGCCAAGGAGCUCGAAGGGAAAGGCACAUGCUUCGAAGCCAGCUCCAGAUGAUUCCAAGAACGAGGCAGAGCACGGCGGAACACCCCAGCCCCCUUUCGCGCCAGCUCGUGCUCCGCUUUUGAGGAAACUUCCGCAUCGGGAUCGCUCCGAAAGUCCAAUGGUGGACGAUGAUGCCACAACGGCCAGUGACCAUUCCACAGCCAGGUCCACGCGGCGGAGGUGCUCCUCUACGCCCGUAAUCGACAGUAUCCCCAAUUCCCCCGCCUCCAGCGAGCACACGGACGACAGAAGGGAAACACGGGCCGCUUCCAAGAAGCUCUUCCUCUCCAUUUACUCGACGUUGCUGGACAGCAAGAAUGCCGCUCCCUUCAAGCGUCCCUUUCACGACGAGCACGCUCAGCGGCAUGUGGACUUGUGCCUGCGUCCCAUGGACCUGCCCACCAUCAAGCGGAAUAUCGACUCGGGAUUCAUUCGCAGCCUCAGUGAGCUUCACCGCGAUGUCCUUUUGAUGGCGCAGAAUGUCCUGGUGGCCUACAAACCACAUACCAAUCAGCACAAGACAGCCCGGCUGUUCGUCCAGGACUGUCAGGCCAUCAAGGAGUUCUCCCAGCAGCAGCAACAGCAGCAGGACAUCCCAGUAGCCAGUGCCCCGAUAGCCACAACGCCGGCGAACAGCGGGAGCAGCAAGGCGGAGCGGGAGAAGCCAAGUGGGAACAAGGCAAGAAGUGGCUUCCGAAAGAGCCAGAGGCAUCACUAGUCCUAGGUUAGAUGAUAAGCAUAUAGGUGGGUCACUUGCAGAUCAGACUUUAAGGAAAGUAAUGAAGUAGUUUUUAAAUUCCAUCUUCACUCAAUUUCUGUUCUUUUCUCCCUUUUUUAUUCGACAACUUUCCAUUCGAGUCAUAAACUAUCAUUAACAAUAAACAACUGAGACAUCAAUCGAA